AAACGUCCGCCACACACAACCUGAGUCAGCCAUCAUGGAGUUUGUUGCCGUGGCUGCGAUCUGUCUGCUGUCUGCUGCACAGUCCGCUCCUGUGAGCAACUGUGAGAGUCUGCUGGAGCGUCUCCCCAUCAGAGGGAGGGAGGAGAUACUUGGAAAAUGGGUGCAUAUAGGAGAGAGCAGCAACUUACCUGGAUCUGCGGCGAUAACACAGAUGUUUGUGGACUCUGUCUGGUUAAGCCUCACAGCAGCUGAGCAGGAGGACGGCAUCAUGUUUUCUCAGAUCCAAAAAUCAUUUGGCAUUUGCUCGCAUGUCACAACAAAUUAUACCAUUAGAGACAACGGUUUUCACCUGGAGUAUCCCAUCAAAGUGACAGCUGUCAUGAUCCGUACCAGCUGUCCGGACUGUCUUGUUUCUUACUCAAACUUCACCCUUGGAGAGAACGUGUACCACAACCUCCAGCUACUCAGUAGGAGAACUGAAGUCUCUGCUGAGGAAAAGGAAGAGUUUAAAAAGCAGGUCGAGUGUCUGAACCUCCCUCAAGUCACCUUUCUGGAUUCAAAGACAGGACUUUGUCCAGACCCAUUUACCUCCCCGAACUCCGAGAGCAUCGAUGUGACCAAGAACUUGGAAAACUUUGAAUUUUCCCAAAUGGCCAAAAUUCUGACAAGUAGCAAAGCGGUAGAGAAACUGACCGAUUUGGUGACUUCGCAGUUACUCGCUCAAGGAAAAGUGAGUUAACGCACCAUAGCAUUCACAGGAAAAAUAAAGAAAUCUGAAUUAAAGGUUUUGAAUAAA